CAAAAUUUAUCUAUAGUUCAAUUGGUUGUUUUUUUGUGAAACAUAUCCAAAAGUGAGUUUUUAUCCAAAUCAUCCGAUUUAAUUAUAGAUGUUGCCAUAACUAUCAAUGUUCUAUGGUUUUAGUUUUUUCUGAUGACGUAUAUGAAAGCUCACCUUUUUGAUUCUCAGAGAUGUUAUUCUUCAAACGUCUAAUUCCUUUGUCAAUUCUUGCUCUGAGUUUCUCAUGGAUGCAGCUUCUUGUUGCUGCUACUCUGCCUCAAGAUGAAGUUGAUGUUUUGAAUCAAAUUGCUCAAACCAUGGGAGCUCAUAGCUGGAACUUCACUGCUGAUGUUUGCGAAGGCUCUUUCGACGUAAGCCAAGUUUUGGCAACAGACCCUCUCAGGAAAAUCACUUGCGAUUGCCAAUUUGUGAACAACACCUGCCACAUUGUUUCCAUAAAAUUCAUGUAUUACAGCCUUCCAGGAACACUUCCCCCCCAACUUGUUCAGCUUCCGUACCUCCAAGAAAUUGAUUUCGCUUAUAACUAUUUGAACGGUAGCUUACCACAUGAAUGGGCUUUAAUGCAAUUGACAUAUAUCUCACUUUUUGGAAACCGAUUGACAGGCAAUAUUCCAGAUCAAUUGGGGAAUAUUACUAGUCUCACAUACUUGGACCUUGAAUCAAACCAAUUUUCUGGAGAAAUCCCUGAAGUGCUUGGGAAGUUAGUUAAUUUGAGUACUUUGAGACUAUCCUCCAAUAGGUUGAGUGGAAAUUUGCCAAUGGAGCUUGCUGAGCUGAAAAAUUUGACGGAUUUUAGGAUUAGUGACAACAACUUAAAUGGAACUAUACCAGAAUUUAUACAAAACUGGAAGCAACUUCAGAGACUAGAACUUCAAGGUACUGGACUGGAAGGGCCCAUUCCAUCUUCAAUUUCUGGUUUGGAAAAACUCGAUCAAUUGAGGAUUAGUGACAUAAAGAGCACAGAUCAAACAUUUCCUGAACUUAGAAACAUGACAAGCAUUCGAAGGAUAAUUUUGAGGAACUGUAGUAUUUCCGGGGAGAUACCUGAAUAUAUUUGGGGAAUGAAUAAUCUGCGAAUCUUGGAUCUCAGUUUUAACAAGCUAAUUGGGGAACUUCCAAAUGUUCAAAUUUCUGGGACUUUGAAAUUCAUCUUUCUAACUGGCAACUUUCUCAGUGGGAAUGUACCAGAGUCAAUUCUGAGGAAAGGAACUAAUCUAGAUCUUUCAUUCAAUAAUUUUACUCAGCUAAACCCCGGGCAACCUGCUUGUCAGGAUAGACGGGAUCUAUCUUUGAACUUGUUUCGAAGCUCUUCAGUGAAAAGCAACUUGAGUGAAGUUCAUCCAUGCAGGAACGAUUUUGUAUGUGACCGAUAUUGGCACUCCUUUCAUGUUAAUUGUGGUGGAGAUGAUGUCAAAGUUAAUGGAACUACAUUUGAAGGAGAUGCAUCGGUUGGUGGAGGUGUUGCAACAUACUAUUUAAAUGAAAAUUCAAACUGGGGAUUCAGUAGCACUGGAGAUUUCACAGAUGAUGAUGAUGAACAAAACAAAUAUUACAUUGAGAACUCAAAUUCAUCACAGAUUUCUGCAUUGCAUAGUAAUGCACGCAAAGCUCCUCUUUCACUAACUUAUUUUGGAUAUUGUUUAGCAAAUGGGAACUAUAAUGUGAUUUUGCACUUUGCGGAAGUCAAGUUUACAGAGGGUGAAACAUAUAGCAGCCUUGGAAGACGCAAAUUUGAUAUUUAUGUUCAGGACAAACUAAUUAAAAAGGAUUUUGAUAUAGCAGCUGAAGCUGCUGGGGUUCUCAUUCCAGUUGCAUUACCAUAUAAUGCCACUGUAACCAAUAACAUUCUAGAGAUCCGUUUCAAUUGGGCUGGCAAAGGGACUACGGCAAUCCCUGUUGGUGGAGUCUAUGGCCCUCUUGUAUCAGCUAUUUCUGUGGUGGAUCCCAACUUCAGACACAAAAAGGAGGAUAUUGCACCGAUUGUUGUUGGAGUUGUUCUAGGAUCAUGUCUCAUUAUCGUGACACUGGGAAUCCUAUGCUGGAGAUAUUAUUUCAGAACCAAGAGUGGCAAGGAAGGAGAUCAUAUAAAAGGAUCCGAUCUUCAAACAAUUUCUUUUACCCUAAAGCAAAUAAAAGCUGCCACUAACAAUUUUGAUCCCGUAAACAAGAUCGGGGAAGGUGGAUUUGGACCUGUCUACAAGGGUAUGUUAUCAGAUGGUACAGUAAUUGCUGUGAAACAACUUUCUUCAAAAUCAAGACAGGGAAAUCGUGAAUUCUUGAAUGAGCUAGUCAUGAUCUCGUGUUUGCAACAUCCAAAUCUUGUAAAACUUCAUGGCUGCUGUAUUGAAGGGGAUCAAUUAUUGCUGGUAUAUGAAUACUUGGAAAAUAACAGCCUUGCUCAUGUUCUGUUUGGUUAUAACCAAUGUCAAUUGAAACUGGAUUGGCCAACUAGACAGAAGAUUUGUCUUGGAAUAGCCAAAGGUUUAGCUUUUCUUCAUGAAGAAUCAAGAUUCAAAAUUGUUCAUAGAGACAUUAAAGCCACCAAUAUUCUCCUUGAUAGAGAUCUAAAUGCUAAAAUAUCUGACUUUGGAUUGGCUAAGCUUGAUGAGGAGGAGAAAACCCACAUUAGCACUCGAGUUGCUGGUACAAUAGGAUAUAUGGCUCCGGAAUAUGCACUGUGGGGUUAUUUGACUUACAAAGCAGAUGUUUAUAGUUUUGGAGUUGUAGCUUUGGAAAUUGUCACUGGAAAAAACAAUAUGAGUUAUGUGCCACAUGAAGAUUGCUCUUGUCCUCUAGAUUGGGCCUUUCAUUUACAGCAAAGAGGAAAGCUAAUGGAGUUAGUGGAUCAAAAGUUGGGAUUUGAAUUCAAUGAGGUUGAAGCAGAAAGGAUGAUUAGAGUGGCUCUCAUAUGCACCAACGCUUCACCUUCACUAAGGCCAACCAUGUCUGAAGUGGUGAGCAUGCUAGAAGGAACAUCUAUCAUUCCAGAUGCAGUACCUUUAUCAGGGACUCACAGUGAAGAUUUGAGGUUUAAAAUUUUAAGAGAUCAUCAUAAACAAAUAAAUCAGGACCUGGCAUAUCCAACAUCAGAUAUCUCCUUAUUUGGUUCCUCUUCCAAUGAUUUUUGUGAAAUUAAUGAAGACUCAUAUUUGAGGUUUAAAGCCAUAAGGGACAGUCACAGACAGACAGGUUCCUCAAAAUCUGUCCAAGGUAUAUAUACUAUCCUCAGGAGAACACAGGCAAAAAGACAGGUUUAUUUUCUUUUCCCAGAAAUGUUUCCCCACAAACAUUUGAUUCUUGUAUCAGGUAUAGCUCUGGCUUACUUAUGCAUGCAUAUAUUUGCUGUUACUAGGCUGCCACAAGAUGAAGUUGAGGUGCUCAAUCAAAUUGUUAAAACAAUGGGAGCUAACUGGACCUUCGGUUCUGAUGCUUGUGAAGAUUAUGUGGAUAUAAAACCAGUUCUUUUAAUGGAUCCUCGGAGGAAUAUUACUUGUGACUGUGCAUUUGAGAACAACACCUGCCACAUUAUAGCUCUAAAGAUCCUGCUUUUUAGUCUCCCGGGCAUACUUCCAACUGAGCUUGUUCAUCUUCCUUACCUUCAAGAGAUAGAUUUUGCUUAUAACUAUUUAAGUGGUCCGAUCCCAAGCAAAUGGGCUUUUCUGCAAUUGACAUACAUCUCUCUUUUUGGGAAUCGAUUAUCAGGAAACAUUCCAAGCUUUUUAGGGAAUAUUACUGGUCUCAAAUAUUUGGACCUUGGAGUGAACCAAUUCUCUGGAUCAGUCCCUUCAGAGCUGGGGAAGUUAGUACACUUGGAAACUUUGAGGCUGUCCUCCAAUAGGUUAAGUGGAAAUUUGCCUAUGGAACUUGCAGAGCUGAAAAAUUUAACUGACUUUAGGAUUAAUGACAACAACUUCAAUGGGAGCAUACCAGAAUACAUAAAAAACUGGAAACAACUUCGGAGAUUAGAAAUCCUAGGAAGUGGACUGGAUGGACCCAUUCCACCAUCCAUCUCUGGUUUGGAAAAUGUAAUACAAUUGAAGAUUAGCGACAUAGCUGGAACAGGUCAAACUUUUCCUGAGCUUAGAAACAUGUCAAACAUUAGAAGGAUAAUUUUGAAGAACUGCAGUAUUUCAGGAGAGGUACCUGAAUAUAUCUGGGGACUUAAUAAUCUGCGACUGCUGGAUGUCAGUUUCAAUAAGCUAACCGGAGAACUUCCCUAUGAUCACAUCUAUGGGCUUUUUAAAUUCAUCUUUCUGAGUAGCAACUUUCUUAGUGGGAAUAUACCAAAGUCAAUCUUGAAGAAAGGAUCCAAUGUGGAUCUUUCAUACAAUAAUUUCAGUUGGGAAAGCGUUGAGCAAUCUGCUUGUCUGGAGAAACCAAAUCUAAAUCUGAACUUGUUCAGAAGCUCCUCAGUGGAGAAAAACAUAAGUGGAGCUCUUCCAUGCGUGGACAAUUUCAAAUGUCAACGGUAUAGGCACUCUUUGUACAUUAACUGUGGUGGAGAAACUGUAAAAAUAAAUGGCAAGACAUUCGAAGGGGAUGCAGGAAUUGGUGGUGGUGCUGCAACAUUCUAUUUUAAUGCCAAUACUUACUGGGGAUUCAGUAGCACUGGGGACUUCAUGGAUGAUGAUGAUGAGCAAAACAGCAAUUACAUUGCAAAUUUGCAGUCAUCACAGAUUUCUGAAUUAUACACUAAUGCUCGCAUUGGUCCUACACUUUCUUAUAUUGGAUAUUGUUUAGAAAAUGGUAGUUACACUGUGAGACUACACUUUGCAGAGAUCCAAUUCACAAAUGACAAAACGUAUAGGAGCCUUGGCAGACGCAAAUUCAAUAUCUAUGUUAAGGACAAACUUGUUGAGAAGGAUUUUGAUAUAGAAGCUGCUGCUUCUGGGGUUCUAAAGCCAGUUAUAAAAGAGUACAAGGCCAAUGUUACAAAUAACAUUUUAGAGAUCCGCUUCAUUUGGGGUGGCAAAGGCACUGUUGCAAUUCCUAAAGCUGGAGUCUAUGGGCCUCUCAUAUCAGCUAUUUCUGUAGAUCCCAAUUUCAAACCGCAUUAUGGAGAGGAAAAAAGGGAGAUUCUACCAAUUGUUAUCAGUGUUGGUGUUGUAGGAUUCUUUACAAUAUUUUUGGCUUUUUGUAUCCUAUGUUGGAGAUACUUCGGAACUAAGAGUGGGAGAGAAAGAGAUUUUAAAGGACUAGAUGAUCUCCACACAAGUUAUUUUACCUUGAAGCAAAUUAAAACUGCCACGAACAAUUUUGAUUCUGCCAACAAGAUUGGAGAAGGUGGAUUUGGACCAGUUUACAAGGGUCAAUUAUUAGAUGGUACUACAAUUGCCGUGAAACAACUAUCUUCGAAAUCAAAGCAGGGAAAUCGUGAAUUCUUGAACGAGUUAAGCAUGAUUUUGUGUUUGCAACAUCCACAUCUUGUGAAACUUUAUGGAUAUUGUAUUGAAGGGGAUCAACUUUUGUUGAUAUAUGAAUACAUGGAAAAUAAUAACCUUGCCCAUGCUUUAUUUGGUUGUGAAAAAUGUCAACUGAAAUUAGACUGGCCAACAAGACAGAAAAUCUGUCUUGGAGUAGCUAAAGGUUUAGCUUAUCUUCAUGAAGAAUCGAGAUUCAAAAUCGUCCAUAGAGAUAUCAAAACAACCAAUGUUCUACUUGAUAGAGAUUUGAAUCCUAAAAUAUCUGAUUUCGGAUUGGCUAAACUUUAUGAGGAGGAGAAAACCCAUAUUAGCACUCGAAUUGCUGGCACUAUUGGAUAUAUGGCACCAGAAUAUGCUCUAUGGGGUUAUUUAACCUACAAAGCAGAUGUUUAUAGUUUUGGAGUUGUGGCUUUGGAAAUUGUUAGUGGGAAGAAGAAUUUGAAUUAUGUGCCAGAGAGUAACUGCUCUUGUCCUCUAGAUUGGGCGUUUAAUUUGCAGCACAGAGGGAAGCUAAGGGAGUUGGUGGAUGAAAACCUGGGAUCUGAUUUUGACAAGGUUGAAGCGGAAAGGAUGAUUAAUGUAGCGCUUGUAUGCACCAAUGCUUCACCUUCGCUAAGGCCAACGAUGUCUGAAGUGGUAAGCAUGCUAGAAGGAACAUUUGCUAUUCCGGAUGCUGUCCUGGUAGCAGGGAGUCGUAGUGAAGAUUCAAGUAAAACUCCAAAAGAUCACCAUACGUACGAGAAAAAUAAGGCUGACUUCUUGGUAUCAGCCAGGCCCUGGCCUGCUUCUUCCUCUGAUAUUCAGGAGGUUUGUGAAGUUAAUGAAGAGUCUUAUUUGAUGUUUAAAGCAGUAAGAGACAAUCACAUACAAAAAUCAAAGGCUCAGACUUCCACUUCAUGCCCCUCCUGGAUUGCUUCCUCCUCAAAAUCUUCCCAUGAUUAAUGUAUAAUACAGACGGUAUCAUGUUACUUAUGGAGAAGCUUAGAGUAAAUCUGUAAGCAAAAAAGAUAUUUGUGAUCUUAAAAACUUUUCUAACUGAAUAAGAAUAUAUAAAAGGUUAUAGAA